CGUGGGGUUCUCAACCUUCCCUCCAAAAUCCAUCGCCAUAAUAAAUCGAAAUUUUGAGCAUCAUUUACUUUUUGAAUUUAAUUUUUUAUCAAAGCACAUCCUGGUUUAUGUAAAAUCUCAUUGACUGCGUCCUCAGCGAGCUGUUCUUCGAUCAAUUGAUAUAUACAACCUACUCGUCCUUUCAUCCAUCAUGGCGAAUACAGCAGCUUCCCCCAGGUCUCAUCGUCCCUAUGACUCAAAGCUUGGAAUAGUCACAGGAGGCUCUCGAGGUAUUGGUGCAGCCGUUGCUGCGAGACUCGCUGCCAAAGGAUGCAAUCUUCUCCUUGUUUACACCUCCAACUCGUCCACAGAACUAACCAGAAAUCUUUGCGGCGAGCUAUCAUCUCUGCACAGCAUUAAAUGCCUUGCAGUACAGGCCGAUUUGGGCAAGCCGUCCGAAGCUUCUCCCAAAAUCAUUGAAGCUGCACGUCGCCUUCAUGAUUUAUAUAACCCGCACAAGCCCUUCCAAAUUGAUAUACUAAUCAACAAUGCCGGUGUCUCGUCUAACCAGCAUAUGAAUGAUGAAAGACAUGGAAAAAUUCAAGAAGUCGAGUUUCACCGCGUCUAUAAUGUCAAUGUCUUGGCCCCUCUCCUCCUGACCCAGGCUGUCGCCCCGCAUCUUCCCACAAACCGCGCGGGCCGCAUUGUCAAUGUUUCCAGUGUAUCUUCGUCUAUCGGGUAUCAGGGCCAAUCUGUUUACGCCGGGAGUAAAGCGGCUUUGGAAGCAAUGACACGGACCUGGAGUCGUGAGCUGGCUACUCGUGCCACAGUCAAUGCUGUCAAUCCCGGGCCUGCUUGGGGAGAUAUGUACGCAGCCGCUGGACAGACUUUCUGGAACAUAAACCAGCCUUAUGUUGACGCAGCCCCAUUGGCGCAGUAUAACGGUGAACCGGAGGUUUUGGCUAUGGUUGGGACUGAUGCUGAACGCUUUGAUCGAACGGUACGUGAGAACAUGGGCAAUCGAAGACCUGGGUUUACGACCGAAAUCGCCGGUACAAUUGAUAUGCUCUGUUCAGAAGAGAGUGGGUGGACAACAGGAAGUGUAAUUUGCGCGAAUGGAGGUAUGAAAAUGUCAAUCGCUUAGAAGUUUUCCUACACACUUUCGUCACACGCCAGCAAAGACAUAGAUGAACGGACCGAUCCCAGAACUUCAAUGGUUGCCACAUCCGAGCGGGUUCCCGCUUCAUCACCAAAGAGCAACCCGGGUGUCUAGCCAUUGUGAUUGCUCAUACUAGCAAAUUAUAGCACGAGCUUCCACACGGCAAGUUCAGCCGGUUUCAGAACAACCGCUGGUCGGGUGAAAAGGACCAGGUGUACAGUCGAUCAUCGAUUUCCGUCUUUUCAUGUGGUUAGACGCAUGUUGCUCAUGUCGAGGUGACAAUGAAGAAUUUGUAUGAGAAAACGACCCUUUGCAUUCGAUUGCCUUCAUAGCUCCUCGCCUUAUGCUUGCCCAGGGACAUAACUGCGACUGCGGUACUACGAGCAUAACCGCGGGCACGGUCAACAAUCAGCCAAUCGUGCUAAGCAAUACUUAUAUAUUUUGGAGGUCUGGCGGCUUCUGGCAGGAGUGAAACGGUGGCGCUUCGUAAAAGGGGGUGAAUGCCCUGUCAUAGCUGUGUGCAGCCAUCUACACCAUACGUAAUGCCGAGUACUUUGCAAAGAGCCUCCUCGACAUUGUUGGCAACCUCAUGUAGCGACAUCAAGCAUCUCGGUUUCAUGCCCAAUGUUGUGUGACAAGGUUUAACAGAUUCGAC